CAUCCGCAUUGGGGGAUUAUGGGUCAUACAGCCUAUAGGCUUGUUAUUUCCCUGUGCUUGGAUGUGUGAUCAUUGCACCACGUUUUUUUUUUUUCUGAUUCAUCAGACAUAUAAAAACCAUCUUACUCCUGGCAGCUGCACGCAUUACCUGUGUCCGUCUCCCAUCUUCUCUGACAUCUCUGCAUGCAUGCAAGCUGGGUUUUUUUUGUAGUUUUUUUUUUUCUUCCUUUUUGCAAGGCAUCACCGUCAUCCCCACGGAAAUGCCUCUCCAAUGCUGGCUGCUGACAUCCCGCCAGCCGUCUUAAAACCCGUCCAGAUCGCCGGGUGAACCGACAUGGAUAGUGGGAGCCGGGCUGCGACGGUCGGGGACGGUGCAGCCAAUUUCACAGCAGCCCACCUCUGGCUGGAUCUUCUUAAUGCUUCGGCGACGCGGUGGGACAGCAGCCCACCUGCCGAGGGGACCGGGCUGGACCAGCAGCAGCGCCUCAUCCGAGAGCAAGCCUACCGGGACUUCACCACCACCAUCCAGGUUUUCAUCCUCAUAGGUUCGCUACUCGGAAAUGCCACUGUGUUGUGGUGCACCUGCUGCACGAAUGUCUUUAAGUCUGCGACCAACCGAUUCAUCAAGAACCUGGCGUGCUCGGGUAUCUGCGCCGGCCUGGUGUGCGUUCCCUUCGACAUGGCGCUUGGAGCCAGCCCUCGCUGCUGCUGGUGGCUUCACACUCUGCUGCUCUGCAAGGCCAUCAAGUUCCUCCACAAGCUCUUCUGCUCGGUCACUGUGCUCAGUUUCAGUGCCAUUGCACUCGACAGAUACUACUCUGUGCUGUACCCGUUAGAGAGGAAGAUCUCAGAUGCAAGAUCCCGAGAUCUGGUCAUCUAUAUCUGGGUCCACGCGACAGUGGUGAGCCUUCCUGUGUUCGCUGUGACCAAUGUGACGGAUGUGUAUGUCACCUCGUCCUGCUCCGAUGACCACGCCCGCUCCCUGGGCCACAUGGUGUACGUGUUGAUCUACAACGUCAGCACGUUGAUCCUCCCGCUCGCUCUGGUCUUCCUCUUCAUGCUGCUGAUCCGCAGAGCGCUCAGUACCAGCCAGAAGAAGAAGGUGAUAAUCGCGGCGCUGCGGACUCCCCAGAACAGUAUCUCCAUCCCGUAUGUGUCCCAGAGAGAAGCUGAGCUACACGCCACUCUGCUGGCUGUGGUGCUGGCUUUCUCAGCCUGCAGCGCCCCCUAUGGGGCCUUGGUGGUUUAUCGCACCGUUUUGGCAGACACUAAAGAGCUACCCAUCUCACUGUAUCUGACAGCCCUCUGGCUACCCAAGGUGUCCCUACUCACCAACCCACUCUUGUUUCUGACUGUUAACCGCUCAGCGCGUCAUAGCUGGCUGGACUUGCUGGCCAGGAUUCACAGACGUUACAGCCGCCGUAACAUGGUCAGCACCGGGGGUCUGGCCUCUUUGGGAGCAGAGGGUGUGAUCGGAGAACCUGUGGGACUGGAGACAGCCGGUCGAUCUGGGAGCCAGCUCCUGGAGAUGUUCAACAUUGGCCAGCAGCAGAUCUUCAGGCCCUCUGAAGAAGAAGGAGAAGAAGAGGAUGCAGAGAAUGCAGAGAAUGAGAUCCCUUCUCAAGGAUCAGGAGGCUGCGCUGGGUCUAAAGAGGACCACAAGGGUGGCUCAAGACUUGGGAGCUUCAGAGGGGAAGUGAUCACCAAAAAAGACCUUCUGCAGGGGACAGGGGGAGGGCUGAUCAUCACCAAGGACGGCCCUUCUUCAAUCAUAGCACCCCGGGCCUCUCCGGUCCACACGUGUGCUUAUGCCUCUUCAUCUCAGGUGGCACCAGCUACACCUACUGAAGCUGAGGACUCCACACAGUUUGGUUUUGGACCCUUUGAGCUGCCACCUCAGUGGUUACCAGAGACCAGGAACAGCAAAAAGAGGCUGCUGCCUCCGCUGGGUAACACACCCGAGGAGCUGAUCCAGACCAAACUGCCCAGGCUGCGGCCUGAGCGGAGAAUCAGCAGGAACAACAAGGUCAGCACCAUCCCAACUGUGGACCCGUGAACUAUUCCUGCUGGCCUCUGAUCUGCAACACUGGACACAACUCAUUAAAGGGUAGGCCUCUUGGGUCGACCAUGCCUUGGCAGGAUAUUGACGAGUCAAGCUGCUCGGUGAGAUGCUUGGUUUGGUUCAUUUAAUCCAUUUUUUCAAAUGUUCUCAACGGAGUAGUAGAAUUGUAGAAGUCCAACUAAAUGCCUGAGUCACCGCAGUUUUCUCAUUGGGCGAGACUAAAUUUCAUAUAAAAUAUUUACAAUGCUGUGAGAAAUGUUUCCAACUUUACCAAGACUUGGACUGAUCCAAUUCCUUUAUUAGGGACUUCUACAAUGGCUGCAUGAUAAUUGAGAAGGCAGAUACCUUUUUGAAUCUCCUUGUUUUGAUUAGAGCUGGCAUCAUUAGUUAAAUGAACACACUGUACAAAUCCAAUUAUCCUGAGAGAUGCACUGAUACUGAAUAUUAUAUUUCCAUAGUAAAUAAUCAAGCGAGGAUAUCGAACCUCCUAACAAAACAUUUUGUAAAAUGGUUAUGCUGUGAUUGCACUCUGUUAACGAACACAUCUCUGUGUCAGUCCUUUCACUUAACCCUUUGUGGGACUGUUUUUUUGUAGUCAUAUUUUACGUCACGUUUUGGCAUUAACUCGCCCUUGGCUGGCCUUUUUUUCUCAAGUCUUACUUUUGGAAUAUUCACAUUUCUUCUAAUGUGGUAGAUGUUGUUAUUUGUACUUUAAUGUAAGUGGAUUUGAUAAAGAUGACAAAUGUACUGUAUGCAAAUACUUAUUAUGAAAAUGUUAACAUUUCAGAGUUUAACUGUGUGUUUAGACUAGUUUUCUAGAACACAAAGCACAUCAAUUAGACAGAUUUUUUUUUUUUUAAAGAGAAUAACCAAUAUGUUUUGAUGAGAAUUAAAAGGAAAGAAAAUCUAGGUCAGGCAUCUUUUAGUCCCCUUCGUUUCCUGACAAUCAAUUGCUCAAUGAAAUGUAAAAUCAAGCAAAUAACCACUACAAGUGCACAUUUUCAUAUCAGAAGCUCUGUAAAAUGGUUUUUCAACUUCUCUGACUCUGAUACUGUCGGCUCCGUCUCCUUUGUGAUGCAUAAUUCAAUAGUAGCAGCUUCAACCUGAAGCUUUGGCUGAAGUAAACAGAGUCGGGCUGCACUUCAAAUAUUUGUCAAGCCGUAACUUCCUUCAGGGGCUACCUACAAUCCCCUGCUAUGUCCACAAAGAACCUGAAUUUAUGCUGCAUCCUACCCAUGCUGUUAUCAGGCAAAAUUGUGCAGUCAUGCCUGAUUGGAGACAGUAUCCAUUGUUACUACUAAAAAGCAAGAAAGAGAUGAGUAAUAUGUUUAAUAUUAUACGUCUGCUUUGGUAAUGACUGUAUUCAGACGCUUAUUGCAGAAUACAGUAGCUGCUCUAGAUAUUCAAAGAAUUAAUUCAAAGAAUUCAAAGAAGAUCAUUGAUUUCUUUGGUGUGAGUGUUUAUGAAUACUCUGGCCUCGGGUCAUAUUUUCUACCUGAUUUGAAUCGAGGUUUAUUCAAACAAUAUUUUACUCCUAAAACCAUUAAGACCUUGACAACAGAGAUACAGUGCAGUAAUACAAUACAGAUUGGAUUCACAUAAACUAAGUGAGUUUUAAAAACGCAUUGGGCAUUGAUUGGCACAAAAGACUUUUGUAAAAUUUCAAGUGUUAAAGGGCCUUAAACUCAGCUUUUUAGUACGUAUGACCAAUGGGAUCCUACAGGGACACGAAAUCUUCUGCCAAAGUUAGAACAGUUUUGGUUACUACACAUUCAAAUUCAUGUUUUUGUCCUUUUUCCCACUGGUUUGUAGUGGGUGGGUCUCAUUGGGGAUGAGAUGAUGUCAUGUAUUUCUGUGCACCAAUCAGAAUUUUUGUAACAUUUGAAUCAAUUGUUGUUGUUUCGUUAUGUUGCCACCACUGUCAAUCAAAUCUGAUCAUGCCACACCCAAACAGUCCUGAUAUAUCAAAUUAGAUCAGUUUUUUUUUAUGUGUUAAACUCUUGGAUAAUAAUAACUGUUAUUUCCCCCUUUGUUUG